UGGGAAGGGAAGGAGAGAACGUGCAUACAGCUCUUCAGCGGAAAAGUGGUCACGGAAGGACGCUCGACUCGGUCUGAACGGACAGGAGAGGGGUCGGAGGGCGCGAGGGUAGGGCAGGUCUGCAGCCAAUGAGAGGCGCAUCGGGGCGCGCCCGGGACUCGACCCCACCUUCGGUAGUCAUGGCAACUCGCGAAACCCGCGAGAAACCCGCGAGAGAGUUCGCGGUGGUAGGGAGCAGGUCGGUGUCAGGGGUCGUCUUAGUCGGCAGUCGGUCUCUGGUCGGCCCCAAGAAUAGUCGUAUCGACGAGGCGGUAGUCGAGUAUCACCUCGCUUCUCCUACUCCUGCUUGUGCCGGCACGAGCACGCUCGGGAACAUAGAGGCACACGCGCAGCUUAUCGACUGGACCGCGCGCACUCCGUCUCUCUCUCUCUCUCUCACACACUCCUCCUACGCUGGUGGAUCUCGCUCUCUUCGGCGAGCUUCCUCUCUCCCAUCGAACCCGCUCGACGUUUCUCGCUCUCUCUGGCGCCUCUCUUCCCUUUCUCCGACGCUUCUUUCCUCCCCCGUCCGCCUACCCACUCGACCACCCUCCAGUGCGCGAACCGCGCACACCCUCACCACCCUGUGUCUCGGUGGCCCGCGCCACCGCGCAUCCGCCCAGCGUCGAUAUAUCACGAUACCGCGGAUACAACGUCGCGAGGAUACGCCGAUCUAGCGCGCGCGAUCUCGAUCCCGAUCUGGAUCUCGAUCUCUCGCGGCGAGUGCUCGACCGGGUCGAGCGUACACGGUGGUGACACGAGAAAGACGCGUUCCCCAGUUUCUCGGCGGGAUAUCGGGCUCGCGAGUGUGAAGUGCGGAUUAUACAGCGCGUUUGUCGCGUGUUUUUACGGAUCGGUCGGUCCGUCGACCGGCCACAGUGAUCGCGAGUGACUCGUCGUUCGAUUAAAGGACGCACGAUCUCGCAGUGGACGGCUCGAAUUAGGAAAUUGGCCGAAUCCUUAGCGGAGGGACCGUGUCGCCCUCGGGAGAGGAGGCUGCUUCGGUGGUGGGUGAAUCACGAUGCGGCUCGGGACGACGGGAUCUCGAAGUCGCGGGGACUCGAAGCAGUGCGCGAGUGAGUGAGGAAUAGUGCUGCGAGGAUUUCGUCGGACCGCGAGCGAGUUAGUGCACGCGUAACAGUGCGCGUAAGGAGAGCAGACGAAGGAAAGAACGGAAGGAACGAUAUCCAAGGCGAGAGGGCGAUUCGAUCAGCGUAAGAUCGCGGGGUGGUUCGAGCCCGAGGAAGAAGCGCGCCAGCGUCCGCGAGACGGCCGCCGCUUCGGGGUGGUCGGUGGUCGCGAACGAGCAGCGGAAACCGGCAGGGUGGUUCGAGGCGGGACAGGAGCCGUUGACGCCCUGGCGACUGCCGGGGUGGUUUACCCGGCCGCGACAGCGACGUUGUUCCCUGGCCGGGUGUCGACUGGACACCACCACCCCGAGUUCACCACCACGUUGGAGGUGGGGUUCCCGGCGCGCGGCUCCACCGCCUCCAUGGCGUUGGUAGCCGCGCCGCCCUCGUGGGCCUCGCGGGACCCCGGGGCCAGCCUGGCUGCGACCGGUGCAGCCGCAGCGGCAGCCGCGGCCGCGGCCGCCUCCGGCGCGGGUCCGGGCCCCAUACAAAUUGCUCCGCCGCCCCCGAUGCCCCCCGCGCACCUCACGCCCUCCCAAACGCCCGACGACAUCACCUGUCUGGUGCCCGCCGGAGCUGUUCUCACGCCCAGGGACCCCUUACCGCCCAGCACCACACCCGGAAGUCAAGCCAACAGCUCUCAAUCCGGCAGCUCGCAGACCGACAAAUCACCCAACAUCGAAUGCGUCGUCUGCGGCGAUAAGAGCAGCGGCAAACACUACGGACAAUUCACCUGCGAGGGAUGCAAAAGCUUCUUCAAGAGGAGCGUGAGGAGGAACCUAACGUACUCGUGUCGAGGGAAUAGGAACUGUCCCAUCGACCAACACCAUAGGAACCAGUGCCAGUUUUGUCGGUUGAAAAAGUGCCUGAAGAUGGGCAUGCGACGGGAAGAUAGGAGCAACCAAUCCGUGCAAAGAGGUCGAGUGCCACCGUCGCAGCCGUCGUUGCCAGGUUUACCUGGACAGUUCGCCCUGACGAACGGUGACGCGGUCGCGUGCGCCAGCCUGAACGGUCACUCUUACCUCUCCUCGUACAUUAGCCUGCUCCUGAGGGCGGAGCCGUACCCGACCUCGAGAUACGGCCAGUGUAUGCAACCGAACAACAUCAUGGGAAUCGACAACAUCUGCGAGCUCGCGGCGAGAUUGCUGUUCUCGGCGGUCGAGUGGGCCAGAAACAUCCCGUUCUUCCCGGACCUUCAGGUGACGGACCAGGUCGCCCUGCUCAGGCUAGUUUGGAGCGAGUUGUUCGUCCUGAACGCGAGCCAGUGCUCGAUGCCCCUUCACGUGGCGCCGCUGUUGGCCGCAGCCGGUCUUCACGCGUCACCGAUGGCCGCGGAUCGCGUCGUCGCCUUCAUGGACCACAUCAGGAUCUUUCAGGAACAGGUGGAAAAACUGAAGGCUCUGCACGUGGACUCUGCCGAGUACAGCUGCCUCAAGGCCAUCGUCCUCUUCACCACAGAUGCUUGCGGUCUGUCGGACGUGGCGCACAUCGAGUCCCUUCAGGAGAAGUCGCAGUGCGCUCUGGAAGAGUACUGCAGGACCCAGUACCCGAAUCAGCCGACGAGGUUCGGCAAGCUGCUCCUCCGACUGCCAUCCCUGAGAACGGUGUCCUCCCAAGUGAUCGAGCAGCUGUUCUUCGUCCGGCUGGUCGGGAAAACGCCGAUCGAAACGUUGAUCAGGGACAUGUUGUUGAGCGGUAGCAGCUUCAACUGGCCGUACAUGUCCACGAUGUGACAUUCUGUCUGGCGACAGCUAGCUUCCGCGUAAUACUGUCGCUCCCCGUCUCGUCCCGUGGUCCAACCAAGUUUCGAUCGUCGAGCCAAACGCUCGAUUCGAGCGCUCUGCUCGUCCCACGACUGAAACGAAACGUUCUUUCUCCUUUUGAGGGAACCCACGCGAAACGUCGUGGACGAUGGGUCGUCGACGACGCGUUGGAAAUCAACUUUCGACCGACGUUUCCAGGUUUUAACCGCGCUGGAUCGCGUGCGAGACUCGUAACACGCGCGUGAAUGGGAACAGACGAACAGAGAUGGGCAAAAUGGACGAAUCAGGGAAUCGUCGGACAGAUUUUUAUUCGUUUACCAGUGAAAUUGUAUAGAUACGAUCGAUUUCAACGUCUUUACAAUUUUCUAUCAUUUUUCUAAAUGUCCUUUCAAGGAACUUUCCAACCUAUUUCUAAGUAAUCAGGAACCCAAGUUCCAGCGGGAGAUACUGUGAUAAGGUUCGCGUGCAACCAACAUACUCUGUCGAAGAACUGUAUAUAAUACGAGACGAUCACACUUACAGAUAGAUUUUCGAACCUUCUUUGUCUAUUAAAGAAAUUUAUUUAAAUUAAACGGUAGGUUUCAUAUUUCCAACUGUGUGUUUAUAUAAAUAUGUUGAUGUAUAUAUAAAUAUAUACAUAUAUAUAAUAUAAUAAUAAACAUAUAUAAAUAUAUAUAUAUAUAUAUUUAUGUAUACAUAAAUGUAUAUGUAUUAUGUAUACAAUAUUUACGUAUACAUAUAUAUAUAUAAUAAUAAUAAAAAUAUAUAUACAUGUAUAAGCUUACUCAUAUACAUAUUUAUAACGAACAAUUCAUUUGCUAAUAUCAAAACUAUUAUUUAAUUUAGUGAAGCUUCUCCGAUAGACACAGAGAGUACGAAUAUUUCUGGUACUGACCGUAUAUCCUUGUCAAGAAUAGGUUUCGCGAUUUGUUACAGGAAUCUUUAGCCUGCCGAAGAAGCAGCAGUUAUUUAUUCCGUCUUCGUAAAUUCGCUACGAGUAAUUUUGCCCAUCUCUGCGAGCAAACGAGGGGAUCGAGAAGAACGAAAGAUCGGCGCGACGACGAGCGAUAAACCGUUGAUGUUGAGCGAAACGCUCCUCGAAGGAGCCACAAGCUCCAUUUCGAUAGCUACUUUAAGAAACUGUUCAGACUGCCUAGCAAGAACGACGAUUUCUUGCGAUUCGGUGCAUACACUUAAGAUUUGGCGCGUGCAAUGUCAAUUACGACGCGGUUUCAUCCGAGACUCGAGCGAGCUUAUUUUUCUCCUUUCGCCAUGACGCGUGGGAAUCGAGCAGAGCUGGACGAACGAAGCUUGGAACGGAGAUAGGCAAAAUUCUCAACCGGAUAAAGAUUUCACAUAGCGAAUAAAAAUAAAAAAUGAUAACGACGAAAUUGCGAACUCGAUACGUUCCACGAAAGUUCUUUGUACUCGAAUGUUGACGCGAGUGAAUUAAAAGAUAAACAAAGAAGCAUAAAACAAAGUUACGACGCCGUAUUUUUCUUCGUUAUGCGUUACUCGAAUGAAAUAUUGCCCAUCUCCAGCUUGGAAAACAGAUGUUUCGGGGCGAACCGAACGGGGACGAUCGAUAUUAGAAACUCGAAGAACUGCGGACGAUAAUUUUCCACCGAACACGCGCUUCGAGUGACGCGUCCACGACGAUUUUUCUCGAGUCUGACGUGAUCGACGCGCGAAGGAAAAUUAUUAUUCGACUUUCGAUGGGGCGAAAGGGAUUCGAGCACGGUCAUCGGCGAGAAGGUACGAGGUGUACGAGGGCCAGAGAGAAAAGUGGGCGUAGGAGAUGGUGCGCAUCUCGAGAGAACAUGCUGCAGAGAAAAGAAGGGCGGGCUGAACGUAAGACGCGAUAAAGACGUUGCUUGGCUCAAGAAUCGGAGGCACUAACUGACUUUUACAAGAUACGCGGCUGCGUUUAACCCUUUGCAGUCAGAGAUUUUUUUAUACGAGCAACCCUUGGACAUCCUCCCGAUAUUGUCGAUAAAAAUUCAAAUCAUUUUCUUUCUGAAAAAAAAUGUAUAGACUCAUUUUUUGAAUAGUUGCAUAGCUGUCUUUGCUCUAAUGAACGUUCAGAUGCAGAUACUCGAUACUUUCAAAGUCCAUCGCAUCUAGUCGUCGCUGUAUCGGCGCCAGUGGAGCGCAGAGUCGGGCUUGCCAGCGUAACUCGUGGCGCGAAUGUCCGAUGACAGAAACGAGAAAAAAUGGAAAGGAACGGAGCGAGCAUAAAGCAAAGAGAGAGCGAGACGGAGUGCCGCGGCGCGAAGAAAUCAUAAAUUAGCAUUUGUAAUCGACGGCGGGGGAUCUGGUAGAUCUUCCAUUGGUAUCUCGCAUCGAUCUUCGCCUCGAGUAAUUGCCGUUAGUCGAGUCAUGCCGAAACUCUUAGUCAUUCGUUUUGACGUCUCGUUCUCCGCGUACGUGCCCGCGUUCCCAAGAAUUUCUUUUCUCCUCUGUUUCUCUCUCGCCUUAAAAGACGCGCCACUUCGAAUCGCGCAGCGUCUCCUCCGCGCGUCUCUGUCGGAGAUGAAUAAAAUUAUUGUCCAGAUAAAACUAUCAGGAAUACGAUCGAGGAAUAAAGGAUAAACGAGCUUCAAUCGAUAAUCAACACCAACGACCGAAUUCGAACCUUGUAAAUUAAAGGAUAGCAAUGUUCCGGUCUCGAAUAAGGUAUUCGUUCGAGCUUCGGCUCCAGGAAGCUACGAAUAAUUCGCAACGAUCCGCGCGCGAAUCGCGGAACAGGAGGGAAAAUGUUCGGUCGCGGGAAUAUUAUUCGUCGUUCUUCGAGAAGCUAUGAAUCGUAUGGUAUGCGUACAGAUAAGAAACCGUAAGAGUUAAUUAAGUUAAUUUUGCGCGUUCUUUUUGCCUGUUAUUUAUUAAAGGAUUGUAUGCUUUUCCGCGACGAUCAUUGCGUACGAGACUUAGGAUAUUCUCAAUUCUAGACUCUAAUACCUUCCUUAAUCUUACGCUUUAGUUUUCGUUACUCCAUUCGCGCUUAACCAUUUGCACUCCGAGGAUCUUCGACGGGCUCCUCUGGCAACUUUGCGCCGCUGCUUCUGAAACGUAAACGUUUUCCACGGACAAAUUUUACUCGUUUACUUCGUUCAUCUAGUUUGCGUUGCCACAAAUAAAAUUGAAAAUUUUUGCGACGCCAGUUUAGGAAAUUUCGCGCGUCCUUCUUUUCCCACAAAAAUAACUCCUUAUACUUCGAAUGCGAUUCGUUGACUUUGCUAAUUCCGUUUGCGUUAUUAGAAAUUUCAUUUGGACCGAGUUGUGGCGCGUAUCGCGUACGCGCAAAGGGUUAAGCGUGGCGAAUUCGCGCAGACGCGACGCGCGUACCAAAAAGUGAAUUGUAAUAAUGAGCAAUGCGCGUAAAAUUCGGCCAGCGUCGCUUAGGCUUAGGAAGUAUCGUUCUUCUCGGUUCCCUCGACGAGCACCACGCGCAAUUAAACGUCGAAUGGCGAUUUACGACGCGAGCAAAUCUUCCAGCUUCUGCUUGGCGCGUAGCUUCGAUAUUCCUCGACAGAGAUGGGCAAAAUCCUCGUCAAAAUAAACAACCUUGUACGCGUACGUAUUACGGAGGCUUUCCGAAACACUCAGUUUUUGAAACUGUAUCGGAAGGAGAGAAUAAAAUCACAUCACUUUUUUCGAACUACCCCUUUGCGGGCGGAGUUUUGGCUGUGCUGCUUACGCUUUUUCGCUGCAAUUAUGUCGCCGUCGGAAUUAUCUUAGAAUUGCUAGAAUUUUAUCAAUUAUUUUCUUUAUUGUCUGUUCGAUAUAAAAUGAACGUUAGAGACGAUCUCGUUCACAGAAGGGUUUCGUUAAAUCUCACGGUUUGGAUCUCUCGAGGGAUGAAUUUUCAAUUUUGCUCUAAUUCGAUACAUAUAAACAAAAACAAUCGUACAUUUUAGAUAGAAAUCUGUUGUCUCACUUUCGCAUUAUACAUCUUGAAUUCCAAAAGGUACUGUCGUCGUGAAUAACGAUAAUUUUUAAAUAAAAGCUUUACACCCAUCUGUACAUACCCCUCUAGAUAUUAAAGUAUACAGAGUGCAAUUAGCACGAGUUCUGGAGGAUGUAUACAAACUCCACGACAGCAAAGGUCUACUCAAGACUCGCAUGGACCCCGUGUGAAAAGAGAAUCGAGUGCAUCCAUCAUCCACUAUUAUACUACAUAGGAUCAAAUUUUGCUCAUCUCCGACGAAUGUCAGCGAUUCCCUCGAAGCGCGUCGCGUCGAUCCUCGGUCGAUUAGUACCGAGCACGAGAGCGUUCGUUUCCUCGCCUAAUUCUUAUUUUCGCGAAGGAUGGUUUCUCGAAAUUGCGUCGACGGGGUGUUUCUGAACGGAGGAAUCGUUUCGUCGGGAUCGAACGCUCGCGGAGCAUUCGGAGACGGCGCGACGACGCGCGGACAAAUAUAUUUUUCUUUCGCAGAGACGCGUGUUGUACGAUAGUCGCUCGUCGCUCGGUCUCCGACGGAAGAAGAUCGCAGGGAGACGAUACAAACGCGCGAGAUGAGACUCGGCGAACGCAAUGUGAUAUACAUAUGUACAUGUACGUGAAAAACUAAAAAAAAAAAGAAAAACAA